AUGGUCGACUACAGCAAGUGGAAGAACAUCGAGAUUUCGGACGACGAGGACGACACCCACCCCAACAUCGACACGCCUUCCCUGUUCCGCUGGCGACACCAGGCGCGCGUGGAGCGCAUGGCGGAGAUGGACCAGGAGAAGGACGAGUUCAAGAAGAAGCGCCAGAGCUUUCAGGCGCGCCUUAUGGACGUCAAGGAGCGGAUCUCGAAGAAGGACGGCGACGAGGAGGCUCUAAAGAAAGAGCUCGAGAAGAUCGAGGCCGAGGGCAAGGAGCUGGAUCGCAUCGAGAGCGAGAUGCUUAAGAAGGAGAAGAAGACGCCCUGGAACGUGGACACCAUUAGCAAGCCCGGCUUCGAGAAGACCGUGAUCAACAAGAAGGCCGGCCGCAAGCCGGACGAGAAUCUGUCCGAGGAGGAGCGCGAGCAGCGUAUGAAGCAAUUUGUCAAGGAGAACGAGAAGCUCUGCAAGCAGUACGGCAUGUUGCGCAAGUACGACGACUCAAAGCGAUUCCUGCAGGAUCACCUUCAGCUGGUGGGCGAGGAGACGGCCAACUACCUGGUGAUCUGGUCCAUCAACCUGGAGAUGGAGGAGAAGCACGAGCUGAUGGCCCACGUGGCGCAUCAGUGCAUAUGCAUGCAGUACAUCCUGGAGCUGGCCAAGCAGCUGGACGUGGAUCCGCGCGCCUGCGUCAACUCGUUCUUCUCCAAGAUCCAGCAUUGUCAGCCCGAGUACCGGGCGCAGUUCGAGAGCGAAAUUGAAGGUUUCAAGGGGCGCAUCCAGAAGCGGGCCCAGGAGAAGAUCCAGGAGGCGAUAGCCCAGGCCGAAGAGGAGGAGCGAAAGGAGCGCCUGGGACCCGGUGGACUGGACCCAGCCGAUGUCUUUGAAUCCCUGCCCGAUGAACUGAAGGCCUGUUUCGAAUCACGCGAUGUGGAGCUGCUGCAGAAGACCAUCGCCGCCAUGCCCGUGGACGUGGCCAAGCUGCACAUGAAGCGCUGCGUGGACUCUGGCCUCUGGGUGCCCAAUGCCGCCGACUUGGAAGGUGCGAAGAAGGACGACGAGGACUCAGACUCAGAUGACGCCGCCGGGGGCGAGGAGAAGACCGACGAUGCCAAGUCGGAGAGCGCGGCCAAGGAGGAGCCCAUCUACACUGGCGUCAGCACCGAGGACGUUGACUGAUCGCCGCCACGUUUCCAUCUACAUCAUAGCUCUAAUCUUAAUGUACUGUCCACAUGCAUCCACUACUUCAUCUUUAACCAGAGCCCCGCUUCAGUUGAGUUUUUGUAUAUAAUUUGAAUAAAGUCAGCUAAAUUCUCAGUAAUACGUCAAA